AUGGCUUCCAUGAUUUAUGGCGUAAGCAGAAACGGAACAAGGGGUAUUGGUUAUGAUUAUGAUGAAGAAUAUGAUUGUGAAAAAGAUGAUAAACCAAAUACUCUUCAGACCUAUUUUGUCUCUUCUGGUAAAAAAAAUGGGUUUGUGCCUAAAGGUAGAACUGUUUCAAAAUCUAAGGCUAAAGCAAAACCCCAUUCAUGUUUCAAUCAUGAAUUCAGGAAUAAAUAUCCUUCUCAAAAAACCAAGUUUGUUAAAAACUCUGGGAAGACUAACCUCAAAGGACCCAGAAAGAUGUGGGUACCUAAGGAUAUGAUAAUAUACAUAUCCUUAGCAGCAGAGUUGAGACACCGUUCAUGGUACCUGGACUCUGGAUACUCGGAGCACGUGACAGGAAGAAGGCAGAUGUUCCAAAGUCUGGAACUUAAGCAUGAAGGUGUCGUCGAUUUCUGA